AUGGGGGUGACUAGUGAAUAUUUUAGAGGGGAGAAGAUGCCAAUAGAGAGGAAAAUAAUGAAGAUAUUAUCAGGAUUUCAGCUUCCAUCUUCAAUAGUAAGCACAGGUUCCAUUCUCACACUAUGGUUUACUACAGAUUUUGCUGUCAGUGCACAAGGAUUUAGGGCUGUGUACGAAGUAUUGCCAAGUCACACCUGUGGAAAUCCAGGAGAGAUACCCAAAGGUGUUCUACAUGGAACAAGAUUCAAUAUAGGAGACAAAAUUCGAUAUAACUGUUUUGCUGGAUAUAUUCUCGAGGGACAUUCAACUCUGACAUGUAUUGUAAGUCCAGGAAAUGGAGCAUCGUGGGAUUUUCCAUCUCCAUUUUGUAGAGCUGAAGGAUCAUGUGGUGGAACUUUACGAGGAACCAGUGGCAUCAUUUCAAGUCCUCAUUUCCCUUCAGAAUAUGAAAAUAAUGCUGAUUGUACAUGGACAGUUCUUGCUGAGCCUGGGGAUACUAUAGCACUGGUCUUUACAGACUUUCAGUUGGAGGAAGGAUAUGACUUCUUAGAAAUCAGUGGGACAGAAGCUCCAUCAAUAUGGUUAACUGGGAUGAAUCUGCCCUCUCCAGUCAUAAGUAAUAAAAAUUGGCUUCGUCUUCAUUUUACUUCAGACAGUAACCACAGGAGGAAAGGCUUCAAUGCCCAGUUCCAAGUUAAAAAGGCAAUUGAACUGAAAUCGAGGGGAGUAAAGAUGUUGCCAAGCAAAGAAAGCAAUCAUAAGAAUUCUGUCUUAAGUCAAGGAGGUGUACAAACAGCUACAGAUAUGUGUCCAGAUCCUGGAGUACCAGAAAAUGGUAAAAGAAGUGGAUUUGAUUUCAGAGUGGGUGCCAAUGUCCAAUUUUCUUGUGAUGAUAAUUAUGUGCUACAAGGUUCGAAGAGUAUAACUUGUCAGAGAGUGACUGACACACUUUCUGCUUGGAGUGAUCAUAGACCAAUCUGUCGAGCACGAACAUGUGGAUCAAAUCUGCAAGGACCAUCUGGCAUUAUAACCUCACCUAACUAUCCAGUUCAGUAUGAAGACAAUGCCCAUUGUGUUUGGGUGAUAUCCAGUGUAAACCCUGAAAAGGUGAUCAAGAUUUAUUUUGAAGUUUUUGAGCUAGAAAGAGGCUAUGACACCCUAACUAUUGGAGAUGGUGGAAAAGUAGGUGACACACGAUCAGUUUUAUAUGUUCUCACAGGUUCCAGUGUACCGGAUCUUAUUGUUAGUAUGAACAACCAAAUGUGGCUGCAUUUACAAUCAGAUGACAGCAUUGGAUCUCCAGGAUUUAAAGCAAUUUAUCAAGAAAUUGACAAGGGUGGGUGUGGUGACCCAGGAAUUCCAGUAUAUGGGAAAAGGAGUGGAAACAGCUUCCUCCAUGGAGACAUAUUGACAUUUGAAUGUCAAGCAGCUUUUGAACUUGUUGGAGAAAAAACAAUCACAUGUCAACAAAAUAAUCAGUGGUCAGGAAAUAAGCCAAGUUGUGUUUUUUCAUGCUUUUUUAAUUUUACAAUGCCUUCUGGAAUAAUUCUGUCACCAAACUAUCCUGAAGAAUAUGGAAACAAUAUGAACUGUGUGUGGCUAAUAAUAGCAGAAACAGGAAGUCGGAUUCACUUGAUCUUUAAUGACUUUGAUGUGGAGCCCCAGUUUGAUUAUGUUGCAGUAAAAGAUGAAGGUAUUGCAGAAUUACCUGCACUUGGCACAUUUUCAGGAAAUGAAGUUCCCUCUCAGAUUGCAAGCAAUAGUCACAUAGUGCGUCUAGAAUUUCAGUCUGAUCAUUCAACCACGGGUAGAGGCUUUAAUAUUACCUAUACAACUUUUGGCCAAAAUGAAUGUCAUGAUCCUGGAAUCCCAAUUAAUGGAAGGAGAUUUGGAGACAGGUUUCUCCUUGGAAGUUCAGUAUCUUUCCAUUGUGAUGACGGUUUCAUCAAAACCCAAGGAUCUGAGUCCAUCACUUGUAUUAUACAAGAUGGAAAUGUAGUGUGGAGUUCUACUGUUCCAAGAUGUGAAGCACCGUGUGGAGGACACUUAACAGCAUUGAGUGGUGUUAUAUUACCUCCAGGUUGGCCUGGCUAUUACAAGGAUUCAUUAAACUGUGAAUGGGUGAUUGAAGCAAGGACUGGACAUUCAGUUAAAAUUACUUUUGAGAGGUUUCAGACUGAAGUUAACUAUGACAUUCUGGAAGUACGGGAUGGGCCAGCCAAUUCAUCACCAUUGAUUGGAGAGUACCAUGGAACACAAGCGCCACAAUUUAUUAUUAGCACAGGGAAUUACUUGUAUAUUUUAUUCACAACUGAUAACAGCCGUUCCAGUGUUGGCUUUCUAAUUCGCUAUGAAAGUGUUACUCUGGAAUCAGAUUCAUGUCUUGAUUCAGGCAUUCCAGUAAAUGGCCACCGACAUGGAAAAAACUUUGGCACUGGCUCUAUUGUGACUUUCACUUGUGAUGCUGGCUACAUAUUAAGUGAUGAUGAACCACUCAUUUGUGAGAAAAACCAUCAGUGGAACCAUGCCUUGCCUAGUUGUGAUGCAUUAUGCGGGGGAUAUAUUCAUGCAAAGAAGGGGACAAUACUUUCUCCGGGUUUUCCUGAUUUUUACCCCAACUCUUUGAAUUGUACUUGGACAAUAGAAGUAUCUCAUGGAAAAGGUGUACAGCUGGUAUUUCACACCUUUCACCUUGAAAGCUCCCAUGACUAUCUGUUAAUAACAGAAGAUGGCAGUUUUACUCAUCCCGUUGCCAGACUGGCAGGCUCAGUUCUACCACCCACUAUAAAAGCUGGACUUUUUGGAAAUUUUACAGCUCAACUUAGAUUUAUAUCAGAUUUUUCAAUCUCGUAUGAAGGAUUUAACAUUACUUUUUCAGAAUAUGACCUGGAGCCUUGUGAUGAUCCGGGAGUUCCUGCUUUCAGUAGAAGAAUUGGAUUUCAUUUUGGUGUUGGAGACUCUCUAACAUUUUCCUGUUUUCCUGGAUAUCGUUUGGAGGGUGCAAAUGAGCUCACCUGCUUAGGAGGUGGCAGAAAAGUGUGGAGUACACCUCUUCCAAGGUGUGUGGCUGAAUGUGGAGCAACAGUCACAGGAAAUGAAGGAACACUGCUGUCUCCAAAUUUCCCAGGAAACUAUGACAACAAUCAUGAAUGUAUUUACAGAAUAGAGACUCAACCAGGAAAGGGAAUCAACUUAAAUGCUAGAACCUUUCAACUGUAUGAUGGGGAUAUUCUGAAGGUUUAUGAUGGAAAAGACAGUUCUUCUCGACUUCUAGGUGCCUUUACAAAAAAUGAGCUAUUAAAGGUUAUAGUCAAUAGCACAUCAAACCAUUUGUGGAUAGAGUUUAAUACAAAUGGAUCGGACACUGACAUUGGAUUUCACCUCACUUACAGCAGUUUUGAUUUAAUAAAAUGUGAGGAUCCAGGAAUACCAAACUAUGGUUACAAGAUUCGGGAUGAGGGUCACUUUGCUGAUACAACUAUUAUGUAUAGCUGUAACCCAGGUUAUACAAUGCAUGGGAGCAGCAUUCUGACCUGUCUCAGUGGAGAUCGAAGGGUGUGGAAUAAGCCUUUACCAACAUGCACUGCUGAAUGUGGAGGUCGGAUUUAUGCUGUUGCAUCAGGACGCAUUCUGUCUCCAGGUUACCCAGCACCAUAUGAAAAUAAUGUUCACUGCACUUGGAUUCUUGAAGCAGAUCCAGGGAAAACUAUCAGCCUUCACUUUAUAGUUUUUGACACUGAAGUAUCACAUGAUAUCCUCAAGGUAUGGGAUGGACCUUUAGACAGCGAUGUUCUUCUGAAAGAGUGGAGUGGUUCUUCUCUCCCUGAGGACAUUCACAGCACAUUCAACUCUUUGACAUUACAGUUUGAUAGUGAUUUUUUCAUCAGCAAGUCUGGUUUUUCCAUACAGUUUUCAACUUCUGUUGCAUCAACAUGUAAUGAUCCUGGAGUUCCUCAAAAUGGUAGCAGAUAUGGAGACACUAGGGAGCCGGGAGAUACCAUAAACUUUCAGUGUGAUCCUGGGUAUCAGCUACAAGGACAAGCUACAAUUACCUGUGUGCAGCUAAAUAACCGAUUCUUUUGGCAGCCAGACCCACCAAAUUGUAUAGCUGCUUGUGGUGGAAAUGUAUCAGGCCCAUCAGGAGUUAUUUUGUCACCCAACUACCCUCAACCUUACCCUCCUGGAAAAGAGUGUGACUGGAGAAUAAAAGUAAAUCCAGACUUUGUCAUUGCCUUGAUAUUCAAAAGUUUUAACAUGGAGCCUAGCUAUGAUUUUCUACAUAUAUAUGAAGGUGAUAGCUCCGCCAGCCCAAUCAUUGGAAGCUUUCAAGGCUCUCAUGCACCUGAAAGAUUAGAAAGCAGCGGGGACAGUCUUUUUCUAGCAUUCCGAAGUGAUGCAUCUGUUGGAAUGUCUGGAUUCGCCAUUGAAUAUAAAGAGAAACCAAGAGAAGCUUGUUUUGAUCCAGGGAACAUUAUGAAUGGCAGUCGGAUUGGAGUUGACUUUAAACUUGGAUCAACAGUAACUUACCAGUGUGACCUAGGCUACAAAAUUGUUGAUCCUGCCACAAUAAGCUGUGUAAUUGGUGCAGAUGGAAAGCCUGCAUGGAACAAGAGUUUGCCAUCAUGUAGCGCUCCCUGUGGAGGGCAAUAUACAGGAACUGAGGGCGUGGUUUUGUCCCCAAACUAUCCAAAUAAUUACACUACUGGGCAGACUUGUCUUUAUUCAAUAACAGUUCCAAAGGAAUUUGUUGUGUUUGGGCAGUUUGCAUACUUCCAGACAGCGCUCAAUGACUUGGUUGAACUUUUUGAUGGAGCUCAUCCACAAUCAAGGUUGCUCAGUUCCCUCUCAGGAAGUCAUACAGGGGAAACAAUGCCAUUAGCCACUUCGAAUCACAUUCUUCUGAGAUUCAACACAACAAAUGGUGCACCUGCCAGAGGAUUUCAUUUUGUUUACCAAGCGGUUCCACGCACCAGUGACACUCAGUGCAGUUCUGUUCCUGAGCCAAGAUAUGGCAGAAGAAUUGGUUCUGACUUUUCUGCUGACUCUAUAGUUCGAUUUGAAUGCAACCCUGGAUACCUACUUCAGGGUUCUAAAACAAUACGAUGUCAGACUGUCCCAAGUGCUCUUGCCCAGUGGAAUGACACAGUGCCUAGUUGUUUAGUCCCUUGUAGUGGGAAUUUUACGGACAGAAGAGGGACAAUAUUAUCCCCUGGCUUUCCUGAACCUUAUGGCAACAGCUUAAAUUGUGUUUGGAAAAUCAUAGUGGCUGAAGGAUCAGGAAUUCAGAUACAAGUUUUAAGUUUUGCAACAGAGCACAACUGGGAUUCACUUGAAAUAUAUGAUGGCUCAGAUGUGACUGCACCAAGACUUGGAAGUUUUUCUGGGACUACGGUACCGGCUCUGCUAAAUAGCACAUCAAAUCAGCUCUACCUGCAUUUUCACACUGAUAUAAGUGUAUCAGCUGCUGGAUUUCAUUUAGAAUACAAAACUGUUGGUCUUACUGCCUGCCCAGAACCACUUUUGCCAAUGAAUGGUAUUAAAAAUGGGGAUCGCUACAUGGUUAAUGAUGUAGUCUCUUUUCAGUGUGAACCUGGCUACACAUUACAGGGACAUUCCCAUAUUUCCUGCAUGCCUGGGACAGUACGUCGUUGGAAUUUCCCUUCACCCCUGUGCAUUGCAAAAUGUGGUGGAACACUGAUGAAGAUGGCUGAAGUAAUCUUAAGUCCUGGUUUUCCUGGAAAUUACCCAAGCAACUUAGACUGCACCUGGAAAAUUGCAUUACCAGUUGGUUUUGGGGCUCACAUUCAGUUUGAAAAUUUUUCAACUGAGGCUAAUCAUGAUAUUCUUGAAAUCCAAAAUGGACCCUAUCAUUCAAGUUCUCAAAUUGGGCAGUUUAGUGGCCCUGAACUUCCAUCAUCAUUGCUAAGCACAACUCAUGACGUUCUUAUUCACUUUUUUAGUGAUCAUUCUGAAAAUCGACAAGGGUUUAAACUGGUAUAUCAAGCCUAUGAAUUGCAAAACUGUCCAGCCCCUCAUCCAUUUAAGAAUGGGUACAUCAUUAAUUCUGAUUAUAGCGUGGGACAAUCAAUAUCUUUUGAAUGUUAUCCAGGAUAUGUUCUGAUAGGACACGCUGUUCUCACUUGCCAACACGGUAUUAAUAGAAACUGGAACUAUCCUUUUCCAAGAUGUGAAGCACCUUGUGGAUAUAAUGUGUCAUCAGAAAAUGGCACAAUUUACUCUCCAGGAUUUCCAGAUGAAUAUCCCAAUUCAAAGGAUUGCACUUGGCUAAUUUCUGUUCCACAGGGUCAUGGGGUUUAUAUUAACUUUACUUUGCUCCAGACUGAACCAGUGAAUGAUUACAUUGCAGUAUGGGAUGGGAUUGAUCAGAAUUCUCCUCAGCUUGGUGUUUUCAGUGGAAAUACAGCCCUUGAAACAGCAUAUAGUUCAUCGAAUCAAGUACUUAUUAAGUUUCACAGCGACUUUUCAACUGGGGGAUUCUUUGUUCUUAAUUUUCAUGCAUAUGCACUUAAGAAAUGCCAAUCACCAGCACCUGUGCCAAAUGCUGACUUCAUUUCUGACAAUGAUGACUUUGAAAUAGGGGAUUUUGUAAUAUACAGGUGCCGUCCAGGGUUUACCUUAAUAGGAAAUGAUAUAAUAACCUGUAAAUUGAUUACUCAGCUGCAGUUUGAGGGUUCCUUACCUACCUGUGAAGCACAAUGUCCUGCAAAUGAACUGCGACAAGAAUCAUCCGGGGUCAUCCUUAGCCCUGGCUAUCCAGAAAACUAUCCUAAUUCUCAGACAUGUUCCUGGAGCAUUAAGGUUGAACCUGGCUACAAUAUAUCAUUUUUUGUGGAUAUGUUUCAAAGCGAAAAACAGUUUGAUGAACUUGAAGUAUUCGAUGGGCCAGCUGGACAGAGCCCUCUUAUUGUGGCAUUAAGUGGCAAUUUAACGGGGCAACAACAUUUUACAAGCAAAAGCAACACUGUUUUUCUUCGCUGGUCAACAGAUCAUGCUACAAGUAAAAGGGGUUUCAAGAUUCGAUAUUCAGCUACCUACUGUAGUUUGCACAUGGUAAUAAAUAAUGGUGGUAUUUUAAAUAAAACGGAUAUUGAACUUGGUUCAAAAGUUUACUACUACUGUAAGCCAGGAUAUAAAAUGAUUGGGAACAGUAACACUACAUGUAUACGAAAACAAAAUGGAAUGUAUGACUGGGCUUCACCAGCACCAAUCUGUAAAGCUAUAUCCUGUGGACUUGCUAAGCCACCUGGAAAUGGCUCGGUAUCUGGAAAUGAGUUUACUUUGGGAAGCAAAGUGAUAUAUGAAUGUAAUGAAGGCUACAGAUUACAAUCUAGUCAACAAUCAACAGCAGUAUGUCAAGAAGAUGGAUCAUGGAGUAAUGUAGGCAAACCACCUGUUUGUCAGCCUAUUACAUGCCCAAACCUGGAUUCACAGCUCUCUGAACAUGUCAUCUGGCAGUUGGUUUCAGGUUCAAUAAAUGAUUAUGGAUCUCAAGUCUUGCUGAGUUGCAGUCCUGGUUAUUAUCUUAGUGGAUUGAGACUUCUACAAUGUAGAGCUAAUGGAACAUGGAGUGGAGGCAAUACCAAACCAAGCUGUAUGGUUAUCUCAUGUGGGGAUUUACCUAUACCACCAAAUGGUAACAGGAUUGGAACUUUGAAUGUUUAUGGUGCAACAACAAUAUUUACUUGUAAUUCUGGAUACACACUUGUCGGGUCCCAUGUGAGAGAGUGUUUGGCUAAUGGUUUGUGGAGUGGCACUGAAACUCGAUGCCUGGCUGGCCAUUGUGGUUCUCCUGAUCCUAUUGUAAAUGGGCAUAUAAGUGGCGAUGGCUUCAGUUAUCGAGACACAAUAGUCUACCAGUGUAAUCCUGGAUUUCGUUUAGUAGGCACAUCUGUCCGCAUAUGCCUUCAAGAUCACAGGUGGUCAGGGCAAACACCAGUUUGUGUCUCUAUAACUUGCGGUCACCCUGGAAAUCCUGCCCAUGGAAUUACCAAUGGAAGUGAAUUUAACUUAAAUGACAUUGUUAACUUUACAUGUAAUCUAGGCUAUGUGCUUCAGAGUUCCUAUCAAGCACAAUGUCGAAGCAAUGGUUUGUGGAGCACCCCUGUUCCAUAUUGCCGAGUGGUAAACUGCACAGAUCCUGGUUUUGUGGAAAAUGCAAUUCGUCAUGGACAACAGAACUACCCUGAAAGCUUCCGUUAUGGAAUCAGCGUGACCUAUCAUUGUAAAAAGGGAUACUAUCUUUUAGGAUCAUCUGUUCUUAACUGCAAGGCAAAUGGCAUGUGGGACAGAUCACUUCCUAAGUGUAUACCUUUAUCAUGUGGUCAUCCUGGUGUUCCCGCUAAUGCUGUCCUAAGUGGAGAUAAAUUUAUAUUUGGCUCAAAAGUCCACUACUCCUGCACUGGAACUCAUAUACUUAUAGGACAUUCAACCAGAGUUUGCCAAGAAGACAGUCGAUGGAAUGGAACACUUCCUCACUGCUCAGGAAACAACCCUGGAACCUGUGGCGAUCCUGGCAUUCCAGCUCACGGUUCCCGUCUUGGAAAUGAAUUUAAAAUCAAAAGCUUGCUUCGUUUUUCUUGUGAAAUGGGAUACAUGUUGAUGGGCUCCAUGGAGAGAACAUGUUUAUUAAAUGGCUCUUGGUCUGGUGUACAACCUUCAUGUGAAGAGUGGAGACACAUUUUCAAAAAUGUGUCUCUCUCAUCCUUGAUUCCUGAGGAGAUUGACUUCUUAAAUAUAGAAAUAACACCAGAGGAAGAGGAACUCCUGCUGAUCUGGAGCAAUGAGAACAUGGAAGUACGCAUCCGUCAGCUCGAUGGACAUCAUACACAUCCCUGGAUGUACCACUUGUAUGAUCGUUUGGAGGGACUCCAUUGUGCACUUCCUGAUGCGGAUGAAUCAGUUAAGCUGGUAUAA